AUAAAAGGAGUGCGGAAGCUAUUACAAGAAACCGCAGCUGAAUUUCAGUCAGUACACAAGGAACUUAAGGAGCAACGUAUUAACGAUCAGAUUGGGGAAGGUGCGAAUACGUUCAAAGCAAGUGACCCCCGCAACCAAUCGUAAAGUAGCGGCAUCUGAACUUGUCGGGAACCCCCGCUGAAGACACAACGAUGAGUUCAACCUGGACUGCAUAACUUUGGAAUAAUUGACUGAAUCACAAUAGAGGCAGUGUUAAAUGCUAAGAAGCGGAUAAGUGAAGGUAAGCACUUGGAGAGGAUGACAUAAUGCCCAAGAUCGACGACCUUCUACCACUUUUUUGCGGACGAAAAGCUGUUAAAUGAGGAGAAACCAGGCCAAUUCACCAUCCUCAACUUAAGGUGGCUCGAUAGAGUUUUUCAGGGUCAAUACCUCCCAAGCUUGAGCUUAAACUACAUCCCAUUGACAAAGAUUUUGAAAAAUUGCCACCACAGAUGCAUUAGAUAGAGAUGAAAAUUUGUUACGAUCAGGGUUGCAAUGACAUCGGAGUUGUCAUAGCAACGAAAUGACGCCAUUAUCUAUUUUACUUGCAGCUGUAUUUCUCCGCACUGCGAACUGUUCUUGCAAAAUCGUUCACGUGAGCGUUUUUCUCUAACAGCCGCCUCGAUGUUCGUGAAGUUUAAGCGGAAUCUGUAAGAGCGUUAUCGAAAUAUUUUGGGAUGAAGUUUUUAUUGUUAGUAAUACAGUAAAAAUGGACAAUCUUGAUGAGUGGCCGUUAUCUGUAGAAAGCGAAGCGCUUUUGACAUGCAAUUUCCCUCAUAGUAGUUUUAAUCUUUUUUAAAACGUGUGUGAAAGAUCACGGAGAUAGCUCCUGCCGAUUGCUAAAAAGAAGGGUUUGAUUAGUAUGUGUGGAGGUGCUCUCAUUAGUGGUUUUUUAAACAUUUUGGUCUACUUUAACAAAUUAGCGAAUAAUUUUUCAACCGCUCGAUAGAUUUUUUAAAACAAUUUGAGAUUCUCGAGAUUAAGCGUCGUUUUAGGAGACUUUUGAGUCUCAAGAUUAUUGAUAUAUUGUGAGGCAGUAAAAUAAGGGCAACUCCGAAGUCAUUGCAACCCUGAUCGUAACACUUUUCAUCUUUAUCUAAUACAACUGUGGUGUCAAAUCUUUGUUAAUCAAUGGUGACGUAGUUAAUGCCCAAACUGGGGAGGUAUUGACCCUGAAAAACUGUAUCGAGCGACCUUAAAACCAAAUAUUUUCCGGAGUCAUGAAGGGUGACGCUUUUGCACCAUAUCUAUUGGCGUUGUGCUCGAUUAAGCAAUGAGGUCAGCCACACAAGGAAAAGAGGAGGUGCCUACUUGGUUUUGGUUGUUUUUUUUUUUACUAUGAGGAGAGAGAGAGUCUUAGGAUUCCAGAAAUCUUGAUUUUGCUGAUGACAUUGUUCCGUCCGACGAGAUUAGGCAAGCCAGGCAGCUUUUGUGCAAUGUGGAGAUAGAUUGUGGUAAGGUUGAGCUGUUACUGAAUGCAAAAAAGACUAAAGCUAAGUAUUUCAACAUUGAAAAAGAGGAAAUGAAGACAGUUGAUGGUACGAAAAUCAAGCAAAUCGUUGUGGAAGACACAGGGGAACAAGAUUCAAAUACCUGGGAAGCUGGAAAUGUUCUAAGGAAAGAGACAUAA